UUGAACUCCCAAUAUAUAAUAUAUUGUCGAUAUUCCAUGUAUUGCCUCAUAUCUUUUUAUAUUCAGAACAUUCAAGGUAACAUGAUUUACGUCGCCAACAAACUUUUUGUAACUGAGAAAUGUCUCGUGAAAUCGACUUACAAAAAGUUGAUGGAGACCUACUUCCGUUCCUCAAUGCAACAAGUAGAUUUUAAGAAAACUACAGAAGCUGCGAACAUAAUUAACGAAUGGGUCGAAAGGAGUACGAACAAUAUUAUGAGAAAUUUUAUUUCAGAAGAUGAUUUAGAUGAGGCGACGACGAUGGUACUUGUUAACGCGGUAUACUUCAGGGGACAAUGGCUAGAUAGUUUCGAAAGACUCUCUACCCAAAACAAACCGUUCUAUUUUACUAAGGAUACGAGUAAGGAAGUUCGUACGAUGUACCGUCGUGGUCACUACAGAUACGGAGAGUUAAAGGAUAUAAGAGCUAAAUUCAUUGAGAUCCCGUACGAGGGUGGAGAGCUGAGCAUGAUCAUUAUAGUUCCGGACGAAAUCGAUGGUUUGCCUGAGCUCAAGGAGAAAUUGCAGAAUAUGAACCUAACCGACAUCUUGGAGCGUGGAUCCGUGAUCGAAGUAGAUCUGUACUUACCAAAGUGCGUGAUGGGGAGUGAAAUAGACCUUAAGGACGUGCUUAAAAAGGAGAACCCAGGGACGAGCCACCAACAGAACCAAUCAGAGAUGUGGAAAUUGUCUUCCAAGUCAAUAAACCUUCAUGUUACGCAGUAUAUCAUAACAACAAUCAUGUCCUGCUUGUCACUGGUUCAGUUUAUUUUAGGUGUUUUGUUGGUGCUUAAAUUAUGCCGUUAUCAACUAAAACCAAGUGUGAUCUUUGAAGCUGAUAAACCCUUAUAUUUCGUAAUAUGUGUAUCUUACGGAUAA